UCCUCACCCACUUCAACAUGUCUAAACCAACAAACCGAAUCACCCACCUCCUCACCCACUGGCCAACCGACCACGUCCGUCCGGCCUCCGUCUCCGUCCAAUCCUUCCUCCAGUCCCGCCUCCCCCAAUCACAACAACCUCAAUCCGCCACCUCCCCCCCAUCGCAAACCACAACAUCCACGACAACUCCCCCCCCAAUCUCCGAAUCCUCCCUCAACGCCCUGUCCUCCCUCCUCGAAGACCGCUACGUCCGUCGCUACCCCGUCCCCCCGCGCGUGCGCCGCCCCGCCAGUAACCCAGACCACUACGAUGACCUCGUGCGCGAGUUCGACGAGGCGCCUAAUCGCGACUGGUGGGGGCGGUUGGGGAAGAAGGUGAAGGGGCUGUUUCGGUUUACUUAGGGGGUGUGCUCUUUCUUCAGUUUUACUGCUGAGAGGAAGAGGGGGAGGAGGAGAGAUCGGGAGGUGUAUACUAUGUUAUGUUAGGGAUUGGGUUGGGGCUUGGUUGGGUGUAUUACUAUUGUUGUAAUUGUGAUUUAUUGGGGGGGAGAAAAGAGUAAUUUUUGAUGUUAGGAGAGUUAUAGUACUGUGUGUACGAUACGACACCCUGAAUUGGAAUUGAUAAAUUAAUGAAAAAAGAUAUAUCUUGUUCACAA